AUGUGUUCGUGUAAAUCGGAUGCGGAGAUCUUGCUCAAGUUCAAGAAGUCCCUUAAGGAUAAUGGUGCAUUGUCUAAUUGGAAUGAUACAAAACCUCCAUGCAGUGGUUAUAAUGAGAAUUGGGUUGGAAUUAUAUGUGGUAAUGGGACUGUAUGGGGAGCGAAGCUGGAGAAUAUGGGGUUGGAAGGUGUGAUUGAUGUAGAUGCCCUCAAGGAAUUGAAAAAUUUGAGGACUAUAAGCUUGAUGAACAACAAAUUUGAUGGCUCUUUGCCAAAUAUAACUGAACUCGGUGCCCUGAAAUCCAUUUACUUGUCCGACAAUCAGUUUUCCGGCGCCAUCCCAAUCGGCAUUUUUAACGGGAUGUUAUCACUCAAGAAGGUUCAUUUGGCACGAAAUAAAUUUUCUGGUGAGAUUCCUCAAUCAUUGAUCACAUUGCCUAUUUUGAAGGAGUUGAUGCUUCAGGAUAAUGAGUUUGAAGGAGAAAUUCCUCAAUUUCGGAAUGGAAUGUUGAAAUCGUUCAAUGUAUCUGACAAUGAAUUGACUGGUGAAAUACCUCGUGGCCUUAGUCAUUUGAAUGCUACCUCAUUUUUAGGCAACAAAGGCCUAUGCGGCGCGCCACUCAAAUCAUGUGCUCCGGUAAAGCUUUCCAUUGGAACAAUCAUCAUCGUCGUGAUACUCGUGGCUUUGGCCAUAGCAGCACUCAUCGCAGUCGUUGUCAUUCUCUCUCGGCGGAAGCAAAUGCAGGAUCAAGAACAGGCAACAGUAUCCCCUCCUGGCCACCGGAAAGCUCACUCAACCGACCUAGACAAAAUGGAACACGGUGGAGCAUCACCUGAGCACAGAACAAACGGCAAGAAGGGCAAUAACAAUACAAAGCUCACAUUUCUUCAGGAUGACAGGGAGAAAUUCGACAUGGGGGAUUUGCUAAAAGCCUCGGCGGAGAUACUGGGCAGUGGCAUAUUCGGGUCGACGUACAAGGCCUCACUGAAUGCCAGACAGGUGAUGGUCGUGAAAAGAUUCAGGUAUAUGAAUAAUGUGGGGAAAGAAGAGUUUCAUGAACAUAUGAGGAGAUUAGGGAGGAUGAGUCACCAGAAUGUGCUUCCCAUUGUGGCUUUCUACUACAGGAAAGAGGAGAAGCUAUUGGUUUCUGAUUAUAUGGAGAAUAUCAACCUUGCUGUUCAUCUUCACGGUAACACAUCUCGUGGGCAUCCAUGCCCUGAUUGGCCAACCCGUUUGAAUAUUAUCAAAGGAGUAGCCAAAGGUCUUUUGUACCUCUACAAUGAGCUCCCAGGCCUAGUGGCACCACACGGCCACCUCAAAUCCUCAAACGUUCUUCUCGACCGAUCCUUCAACCCCUUGCUGACCGACUAUGGAUUAGUUCCAGUCGUGAAUCAAGACCGCGCGCAGGAGCACAUGAUCGCAUACAAGUCGCCAGAGUACAAGACCGGCCGGAUUACCAAGAAAACCGACGUGUGGAGCCUUGGGAUGUUGAUUCUAGAGAUCAUGACUGGAAGAUUUCCUUCGAGUUUCUUGCAACAAGGUAGCAAAGGAAACGAUACGGAUUUGGUGAGCUGGGUUGAGUCCAUGGUUAAGGAAGCAAACUCCAAUGUCGAUCAGGUUUUCGAUAAAAAUAUGGGAGGAAAGCUGAAAAGUGAAGGGGAAAUGAUGAAACUUUUGCAGAUAGGAUUGAAUUGCUGUGAAGCAGAAGUGGAUAAGAGGUGGGAUUUAAAAGAGGCAGUUGAAAGGAUUGAGCAAGUGAAGGAGAAGGAUAAUGACAAUGACAAUGAUCAAGAAUAUAAUUCCAGAAGAUUUUCUAAUUGA